GUUUCAGGAAAAAACGUUGGUUGAAAUUUCGAUUUUCAAAGAUGACGUGAAAAAGACACCAAAAAUAAAGACUUCGACGGCCAGUUCGGAGCAGAAAAGAACUGCAUCAAAGCUCGGAUCAGAUGAGCAAAUGGAGAAAUUAGCCAAAAAAUUGAGGAAAGAACAAAAGGAGAAACAAGAGAAGCUGCCAGAGGAAUCAAGAGAAGUGAAGAAGAAAGGUGGAAAACAGCGAGCAGAAAGCAGGGAAUCGGAAACGAAUUCUGGUGAAGUAAAACGAGGCAAAAAAGUGGUGGAGCCGGAGAAAUCUGAUAUGCAAACUUCUGAUUCGGAAAGUAUCAGUCAGAUGGAUUGGAGUGUAAAGGAAGAACCAGUAGUGGAUGAUGUUGAGACGUCUUGUAACGGGGAUUUUCCUGCAGUACAGAUAAAAUGUUGGUUUCAGUCACCGAAAAAACCGGAUCAAAAAAUGGAUGAGACCGGAUCGUCAUUCCUAUCGAUGGAGAGGAAAACUGAACUGUCUUCUGCUACCGUGCCUUCAGAAAGCUCGGAGGUAAUUGAGACAUCCGAAGAAAUAUCAAAUCGAUCUGUUGUGUCUGCAAGUAUCAAAACGGAACUGGAAAGUCUUGCUGAAGAAUGUGAAACGGCAAAAGAGCCAGAAGAAGCUGAGAUGAAGGACGACUCUCGAACUGAAGCACGCAGCAGCCCUCAAUCAAUGUGCAGUGCAGCUAGUGCUAGACCUCAAUCGCCUCCUGCUGCUGGAACCAACCAUGAUAAACCUCAAUCGCCUGACGGUGAAGCCAGCAGUGGCCCUCAGUCGCCUCGAAUUGUUGAAGAAGGUGAAACUCCCCAGUCAACUGACAUUGGUGCCUGCCACGAAAUGGAUCAACAUGAGACGCCUAAGUCACCGGAACUGAAUCCUGAUCAUCAGCCACAAGCGAUUGCUGAAGUUAGUGCGCGAAAGGAAGCACACGAAGACGCUCAGUUGGAAAAUUCACAACAACAACAACAGCUACAGCAGCAGCAUGUUUCUAUAACAAAUAUUGAUAAUGAUGGACUUGAAGAAUUGGGAACGACAACUGUUGUUGUUGCUAGUGGGCGACGAAAUUCGGUAUCAUCAACAACUAGUAGUUGUACAAGUGGAAGUACCCAAACAUCUUCAUCGUCGUCAUCAUCAUCCUCAUCAACGUCAUCUUCGUCGGCUUCAUCAUCAUCAGCUAAUUUGGAAACACAGCCAGAAGAUAAUGCCGAGAAGAAGCCGAAACAGCAUAUUCAGCUUCAGGUACAACAGGAUAGCGGUUCCGAGUUGACAAGAACUAAUGAAGUUGCGAAAAUGCCGGACCUAGUUGAGCAAGCGAAAACUGACAAAGAACUGAAAAUUGGUAAUGGAACAAAUGCGGUACGUGUUCAGAAUCGUCUACCAGCUAUUGAAAAGAUCAACUUUGUGGCAAGUUCAGACGCUGAAUGCUCGGCAGUUUCUAUGGUGCAUCGUUCGAAUUUUACUAGUGCUAAUCAGGAACAACAACAGCAACAACAACAAGACAGCGGGAAUCUGGUGGAGAGGGAUGCAGAUGUUCUGGAAGCUGUGAACGAUGCGGAAUCGACUGGUAGCUUCGAACUGAUUGACGAAGGACGUGUUGGUGAUAAUGAUUCACUGCUUGAUCAGGAUUGUGUUGCUGCUGCUGAUGAUGAUAUACUACAAGAGCAGGGGCAACAAAAUCACAAUCAAGAAUCUGUUGAUGAUGCGGAAAAUGAAGAGCGUGAGCAACAGCAACAGCAGCAGCAGCAGCAGCAGCAAAAUGCUGAUGAGACGGAAUGCCCUGCGGAUGUGCAACAGCCAGAUGCCCACGAUUUGCAGGAGACCGAAUUUGCCGUUCAGUCAAUCUCUCUGCUGGACGAUAAUCGAAGCCAACAGAGUGGCGAAGAUGGCAGCAGUAUUGCGAUGGAUUAUUUGAGUGAAGCUGGUGAAUGCAGUUCAUCACGACGUAGCAGUCUUGCGGAGACGGCACUCAGCAGUUUAAAUAUAAAUGUAACAGCAUCAGGCCAGGAAGACGCCCCGGACGCUAUCGUU